AAUAGUGUUGCCCCCAAGAUAGCCAAAACUACUCGCUUCCUAUUUAYAAAGCGUGCGCGGCAAGCUAUGACGUCUAAACUGGUUCUCUUAUUGUUAUUGGGCUUGAUUGCCCUGGCUUUUGCUCUUCCAGUUAAAGAAGUAGACGAUAAAAAGCUAGRUAUUGUGAGAGAGAGGAAGCGUGGCAUUGGCAUUAGCGCUCUUCGACAAAGCAAGAAAGGUCUUUCCAAAAGAUUCUUCUGCCUCAAUGACUGCCAUAGAAAUUGCGUUUACGUCAAGUGCAACUGCUCRGGGUUCUUUAAUACAAAAAAGRACUGUUCAACGUGCAAGAGGUGUACUACUUAUUGUCACUGCCACGAAUUGGGACCUUACGAUUGACUAACUAAAGUCACAGGACCUUGCACCCUACCAACACGUAGUAGAAGGUCUGAAAACUUCUACAAUUGUUAUGGUUUACGAGUGGACUGGGCACUUGUAAAGCUAAUAUAAAUAGCCGUUUAUAAAAUGAUAGUUAACAAGUCUACAUAAUGACGUAUGUACUAAUAAAGAUUGUCAUACAUACAMCUAUUUAAAAAAACGUUGUCGGGGAGAACGGCGAUUGUCGAAGGGAGAUUGCMCGACCRAAAGGGACUAUGGUUACAGAGUUUUGAUAAACAAAAUUUCACUUAUCGUAUWAACCKUGCAUAGAAAUGAAGACUAAAUCAGUGGAGCACGUUUUCCACAGACUAUCUUASAGUAUAAAUCAGUUUCUCAUCAAUUACAAAAACCCAUGGCUACUUUCGGUCGUGCAAUUGCCGUUUGACCAUUGACAUUCGCCAUUUUAUACKACAACCUUUUUUGAAAUAGGUAUAUUCAUAUAUAAAACAGUUGUAUUAGUUUUAAAACGACAGAUAAAUAAAUCGAUUUUAAUUAAAGUUAACAAACAAACAUGAAAUGUUUGUAAAAACAAAA